AUGUCCCAACCCAAUCCUACAAAAGUAAAAGUAGCAGUAACCCAACUUGAACCAGAAUGGCUCGACCUCUCCGCCUCGGUCCAAAAAACCUGCAAAUACAUCGAAGAAGCAGCUCAGAGUGGUGCUGAACUCAUCUCGUUUGCCGAAGCAUUUAUUCCUGGAUAUCCGGCUUGGAUAUGGACACGCCCCGUAGACCCCCAUCUCAGCACCCUCUACAUCAAAAACUCGCUCUCGAUUUCCUCUCCUGAGAUGCAAACCAUCCAAUCCUGCGCCGCAAAAAAUAACAUCAUCGUCCAACUCGGAUUCUCGGAGAACGACCACGAUUCUCUGUAUAUAUCCCAAGCACUCAUCGAUUCCGACGGGACCAUCUUGAUGAAUCGCCGGAAAUUGAAACCCACGCACAUGGAACGCACGAUCUUCGGGGAUGGUAGCGGGGACAGUCUAGUUAACGUCAAGGAAACAAGUAUCGGAAGGAUAGGAGCAUUGGCGUGCUGGGAACACACGCAGCCGUUGUUGAAGUUCCAUACGCUUAGUCAGAGGGUGCAGGUGCAUUGUAGUGCGUGGCCACCUGUGGUGGGACAUGGCGGGGGACCGGAUUUGUGGAGUUUGAGUUUAGAAGGCUGUCUGGCUUUGUCGCAGGUUUUCGCGAUCGAAUCGCAGGCUUUUGUGUUACAUGCUACGACUGUGAUUACGGAGAAGGGAGUUGAGAAGAUGGCUUCACCGGGCGGCGGCGCAUCCGCUGUUAUUGGGCCUGAUGGUCGUGUGUUGAGUAAACCACUUGAGCCGACAGAGGAAGGAAUUGUGUACGAGAUUUUGGAUUUCGAUGCGGCGAUCUUUGCGAGAAGCUUUUUGGAUGUGGCGGGGCAUUAUAGUCGGCCUGAUCUUAUGUGGCUGGGUGUUGAUACUAGAGGGAAGAAGGUUGUGGUCGAUGAGUUUCGGGCUGGUAAACCAGGGAAGGUUGACGGAGAUGAGAAAGAGGUCGAAAAGAGACUGGAAGAUAGAAGUGGGCGGAAAAUUCAAGGCUUGGUUAAUGGAGGAGGGAAGGUUUGA